CCUCCAUUCUGCUUCCUUCUCCCUCUUUCUCUCUUCUGAUACCAGCAGCUGUAGAGAUGAGUAAAAGAAGGAAAUCCAGUGGAAGUGUGAGGUGUGAGCCUGCAGGUGUCAUUGCACAUUUAGAAUGUAUCAGAGAGACAGCCUCCACUCCUUCCUCAGAGGAGAUGAUCAACAAAGGAAUGAAGGGAAGGACGGGAAUACUGGAUUCUACUUCCUCCAUAUUGGAUCUUGUCAAAGAAAAGGCCGUUGAGCGUAAAGCAAUUGCAAGCAAGUCUUCUCACGGGUUUAACAUACUCUUUGACUGUUUGAAGGACGCAUCUGCAUCUAAUACAAGCAUCAUUCUUAAUAUCUUACACAUUCUUAAAUGUUUGGCUGAGCAUCGUUAUAAAGUGAGGCUGGUGAGUAAUGGAGCCGUAGAUAUAAUCCUACAAUCAUUGCAAGUUUACUCCGAGUCACCACACAUUGUAACUGACAGUGUUCUGGUACAAUAUUUAUCACUUCUCUUGCAAUUGAGUUCUAAAGAUGCUAAAUUUGCAUUCAAGGCUCGUCAGCAUAAGGUAUUGCCAACUAUUACUAGUCUUUUGAAGCGAAGUACUAAAAAGUCAAUGGCACUAUCAGUUAUCCUCCCUGUUGUGAGAAUACUAGCCAAUAACACUACUAAUUCAGAGACUCUUGGAAAGGUUGGCUGUCUAACUGUCUUUCCAACUCUACUGGGAUUGUAUGGAAAAUCAGAUUCCACUAUUCUAAAGUAUAUUGUCAAGGCUCUCAUUCCUCUAUUAAGAAUCAAGUCUAAUGCUAGGAAAAGACAUGCUAAUUGCUGUAUUCCUGAGCUCUUGCAACUAGUCGAGAGGUUUCAUCGCACCGAUGUCUCAAGACAUCACGUUCCUCUUAGGAAAUCAAUGAUACUAGCACUAUCCAUUGCUGUAUCUACUGAUUUGUGUAUGGAGUCUCUUCAUAAAGCGAAUGGCUUGAAUACCCUGUACAAUGUAGCCAGGGAACUACAUACUGAUACACGUCUUAGUUUGCUUGCUACAACCACAUGCAAUCUGAUCAGAAAGUGUCUACCAGUCAUUCCACUUCCUUUAUCAUCAUCUCUCAAUCACGUGCAGUUCUCACUGGAUCAGUUCAAAGGAACGGACACCACAUCAUCAGAUCCAGAACUAAAAAGAGAAGAAUCAUCACAAGAAGAGGAUAGAGGAACAAUCACCAAAAAAGACAUUAAGUCCUCCAGUACUGAGGACACUACUGGUCCUACCACCUCAAAGAGUAUGACUGAUGUAUGCUCUGCUGAUGAUGAUACGAUUAAGUCAAUACAGUUAGAAGCAUUGGGAUUACUAUCUGAUGUUAGAGUUACAUCAAUUCUGCUUCCUCCUCCGGCACAUUUAAAUAGAACAAUCCCACCUGAUAAACCAAUGGAUCCUGAUAAACCAAUGGAUCCUGAUAAACCAAUGGGGCCUGAUGAACCAAUGGGGCCUGAUGUAGCAUAUGGUGCAGUAGUCCUCCCUGAUUCUGGAGCUCCAAAGCCUUGUAGUGUAGGAGUAAAGUCUACAGCAAUGGAUAAAGCACAAUGUACUAAACCAGUACAGUCUGCUGCAGUCCAGCCUGAUAGGAUAACCCAGUCUAAUAGAUCGGCCCAGUCUUCUACUAAAACUCGCUCUAGUGCAGUUUCAAUACAGUCUAACCCAGGAUUGCUAGCAUCUGAUAGUUCACAGUUAGAGCUGACUCAAGCCUCAUCUGCUGAUCACUCCUCCUGCCCUCAUUUGUGGUUCAUUCACAGCGAAGCAAAUGAGAUAUCGCACAAGUUUGAUCUCCUUGCUUUCAAUCAGUUUUUCCCUGAAGUCUCAUCCAUACGGACAUUAAAACGCUCUACAUCUCUGCCCAUAGUAUCUGUUACUGCUUAUAAAGAAGAAGGCUUCCUUGAUAGUUCAUUCUCUGCUUCUUGUGUUGAGAGGAAUGGUAGAUCCUCAAUAACUCGAGGAGCCCCUCCUCUCUCUAGCCCUAGAUUGACUGCUAGUGGUCAGACUGAUUGCAAGCCGCUGCUGUUUCGUGAUUCCUCACCAAUUCUUCUCCCUCCUUCUCCUUCCAUUUCUACUUCUGGUCUGGAUCCAUUUUACAAGAAGUCACAAUCAGUUGAAAGGGAGAUAAUUCUGAUGGAUGCAGCGAGAUAUAUUGACCCAAAGUCAUUGCUGAAUAAUAGAGUGUUUGAUGUGGAGAAGAUUCUCUCACAGAAUGAAGGCCCAAUACCACCUAGUCCUACAGAUACUGCUACUACUGAAGAAGUGAUUGAGAAACCAGCCACCUUAGGAUUUCAAGCAACAGAUGAGAGCUGUAAUCUCAGAAUGGCAAUACAGGUCAGGGAGCAUGAGUAUGAUUUGAUACUUAAUGCUGAUAUUAAUACUGACAGGCAUCAUCAAUGGUUUCUUUUUCAAGUAAGUCAUAUGGAAGAGAAGGUCCCAUACAGGUUUAACAUUAUUAACUGUGAGAAAGCAAACAGUCAAUUUAACUUUGGAAUGCAGCCAGUGCUGUACUCUUCUAUCAGCAAAACCUGGCAGAGGAUUGGCACUAAGAUAUCUUACUAUCGUAACAAUUAUCACAAAAUUAACAACUUGUCCAAAGAGAAGGAGGAAGACGAUGCAACAGAGAAAGGAGGAGGAGGAGGGAGACCAAAAUCAGUUGGAGGAAGUCAGAUUAGCAAGCGUUAUUUCACAGCCACGUUCACUGUCUCUUUCCCUAACUCAAAAGACUCAUGCUACAUAGCUUAUCACUACCCUUACACUUACUCAAUGCUAAAGGCCGACUUGCUGCUUCUAGAGAGCCAGUUGCUCUCACCACACUUGUUCUAUAGAAGACAGACACUCUGUACUACACUAGGAGGUCAUUCCUGUCCUCUUCUUACUAUCACUAAUCUACCACUCAGAGAGCGAGGACAACAGAAAGAGUAUGUUGUGCUAACUGGGCGUGUCCAUCCUGGGGAGUCCAAUUCCAGCUGGAUAAUGAAAGGAAUUUUAGAGUUUCUUCUUAGCUCACAGCCGGUUGCUAAGCAGCUUCGGGACAAGUUUGUAUUCAAGAUCAUUCCAAUGCUUAAUCCCGAUGGAGUCAUUAAUGGACAUCAUCGUUGCUCAUUGUCGGGACAAGAUUUGAAUCGUCAGUGGAUCUCACCCAACCCUUCACUGCAUCCAACAAUAUAUCAGACUAAAGGAUUGAUCCAGUGGCUAGUUAGCAAUGGAACCACGCCUUAUUUGUAUUGUGACUUUCAUGGUCACUCUAGAAGAAAGAACAUUUUUCUCUUUGGUUGUAGAGACCAUCUGAAGUCUUAUGUUGAAGAAGAGUUGCCAAUAAUCCUUGAUAAGCUAGCUCCAUUCUUCAACAUACAGAACUGUAGCUAUGUGGUAGAGAGAGCCAAAGAAGCCACAGCACGUGUUGUAGUAUGGAGAAGAUUAGGAGUUAAGAGAAGCUAUACAAUGGAAAGCACCUACUGUGGGGUUGAUCAGGGACCACUACAAGGCUUUCAGAUUAACAUUCAGCAGUUAAAGGAGAUGGGUCAGUGGUUUUGCAUUGGUCUCCAUAAAUUAAAGGAAGGUGGGAUUAAUGUAUCUGAGCACAGAGCAAUCAGUGCUAAAACUAAGAAACAACAGAGUCAAGAGAAAGCAACUAUCAGGAAAAACGAAGAUGAUGAUGACGACGACGAUGAUGAUAGUGAUAGAGAUGAGCUAGAGGCUGAAAUUGGUAGUGAAGAUGAGGAAGAUGAAGACAGGAUUAUUGCCAAUGGAUUGGACCAUCACAAGACACUGCUGUAUAGCCAUCACUGAAUCAAUGACUAUAAAUAUCAUGACAUUCAUUAUUACUAUGCAUGUUAAUGAAUCUAUAAUAUAAAUCCAUUUGUAUGUAUCAUAGUUGAUAAUUUAUGGAUCAAAUGACAAAAUCUCA